AUUUUUUGUUUUGAAUACGCUUGUAAAUACAUGACAAUAUUUAGUGAAGUGACAAAGAUUCAAGAAAAGAAAUUCGUUAUUUCAGUUCAACGAUAAGCGUGUAAUAAAUAUUGAUUUAAAAAUACAUUGCACCUUAUUCCUCACAUAUAUAAAAGUUGAUUAAAAUUUUCAUGUAUUUUGACCUAUGGCCUUUAUGUCGAAUCGAGCUUGUAGAUAAAAGUUUUCUUUUUUUUUUUUUGUUUGUCUGACUAUCGCUAACGAUACGAACGAUAGGAAUGAAUAGUUAGUUCGAAUAAAUAAGUCUUUUUUAAUAUCGCGUCGAACAUGAAUUGUUUGACUGGUGAAACCGAACGUUUAAUUAAUAACGAUGUCUUUCUGUCAACUGCUCCAAGUCCUAUGGAGCUGCGUAUCCAAGAAACUAGAACUGGUUCGAGUAUGCUGGGUACAAUAUUUCUAAUCGUAAAUGCUACUCUUGGAGCAGGUCUCUUAAAUUUUCCGCAAGCCUUUGAUAAGGCAGGUGGUAUUGCUACUUCUAUAACCAUUCAACUAGGAUUUUUAAUAUUCAUUACGGCUGCUCUUAUCAUAUUAGCAAAUUGUAGCGACAUUACAAACUCUAAUACCAUACAAGAUACUUUAGCAACUUUGUGUGGAUCUAAAUCGCUUUAUGUAUGCGCCCUGUGCGUUGCUGUGUACAGUUUUGGAUGUUGCUUAACGUUUUUAAUCAUCAUUGGCGACCAGUUAGACAGAGUCUUGGCUACUUAUUAUGGAAUGGAUUAUUGUCACACUUGGUAUAUGUCUAGACAGUUUGUUACCAUUGUCAUUAGUUGCAUCUUUAUAUUUCCAUUGUGUUUCUUCAAACGAUUGGAUACAUUAAGUUAUGCUAGUUCUGUAGGUUGUAUAACCAUAUUGUACGUAGCAUGGUUGAUCAGCUAUAAAAGUUUUACAAAAACAAUUCCCACUGCUGUAAAGAUAUGGCCCGACAAUGUAUACGAGGCAUUGCAUAUUGUUCCUAUUAUAUGUUUUGCAUAUCAGAGUCACAUGACUGCGAUACCGAUGUAUGCUUGUAUGAAACAACGACAUAUUGGAAAAUUUACGAUAUGUGCCAUAGCUAGUAUGCUCAUUUGUUUUAUCAUUUAUACAAUAGUCGGUAUUCUUGGAUAUGCCACAUUUGGAAUGGGAAAAGUACCUAGCGACAUACUUCAAGGAUAUUCAGAUAAAAGUACUAUUGUUACCUUAGCCAUAGUUUCGAUAGCCAUUAAGAACUUUACGACAUAUCCAAUCGUGUUAUUUUGUGGUCGGGAUGCGAUUCUCUCAGCAUUUGGAAUGGUAGUUAAUGAGAAUGUUAAAACGAGAAAUUUUGUUACUUUAAUUUGGUUUGUAGCAUCAUUGGUUAUAGCCAUAUCGGUGCCAGAUAUUUCUCCAGUUAUUAAUUUGUUAGGUGCUUUAUCGGCUACGUUUAUUUUCAUAUUACCAGGAAUGUGCCUUCUUCAAAGUAUUCUCCUCAAAGAUCCAGAAUUGUAUUUGAAUAAGGAUCGUUUGCUCAUUCUCUUAGCGAUUACCAUUACUGCAAUAGGUGCUUUUGUCUGUGGUAUAGUAUCCAUAGAAGCGCUUAAAGAUUUGAAGAAACCAUUAGCCGAAGAACCUCUGGUAACGGGUUUUAGAAUACAACUGGGAGAAAGUUUAUGUUCUUAACUAUAUCGAAUUUUAAUAUGAAUUUUAUCCAAUGCAAUAUUGAGAGAAUUAAGACGUUGGAGAAAGACUGAUAAUGAU